GGCAGAAAUUUGAAUGAUUCAUCGUCAGCGCAAGGCCAUACGAUUCGAAAAGUUAUCAUGAAUCACCAAGUGAAACCCGAAGGUUCGGUGAACCUCUUCACGAUAGUCCUAUACUCGGUUAGGGUAACCCUAACCGGUAUUUUAUCUUAUGGAAAGGAUCGACAGCUGUACGCCAUCAAUGAUCUAUCCCUCUUAGGUAAUAACCCACAACUCGAAGUACCAAUCAUAGUUGAACUUCCGUCAUGCAUUACUAACCC